GAAACGGGCCCGGGACGCCGACACCGUCCUCGCCGGCAUGAAGCCUCCGCAGCGGCGGCGAACGGCCCCGGCGCGCUACCUGGGCGAGGUGACAGGCCCCGCGGCCUGGAGCGCCCGCGAGAAGCGGCAGCUGCUACGACUACUGCAGGCGCGGCAGGGCCAGCCGGAGCCGGACGCCGCUGAGCUGGCCCGAGAGCUUCCGGGCCGCAGCGAGACCGAGGUCCGGGACUUCCUGCGGCAGCUUAAGGGCCGCGCGGUCCGGGAGGCCCUCCAGAGGCUGCAUCCUGGUCCGAGGCGCCGAGAAACACAGACCCCGGCCCCCAUCGAGGUAUGGAUGGAUCUGGCUGAGAAGAUAACAGGCCCGCUGGAGGAAGCCCUGACUGUGGCCUUCUCACAGGUACUCACCAUCGCAGCCACAGAGCCCAUGAGCCUUCUGCACUCCAAGCCUCCCAAGCCCACACAGGCUCGUGGAAAGCUACUGUUGCUCGAUGCCUCUGGAGGGCAGAAGGAAGCGAGCCCUGAAACUCCCGGCCCCGCCCCUAAGCCCGAUGGCCCGGCCCCCGAGGCAUCUUCUGAAUUCCUGGCUGACCCUUCCUCGGCUGAGGGAGAAGUGGCUGAGGGAGACUUCUCCGUGGACUUUGAGAAGAUCUACAAGUACCUGUCAUCCGUCUCCCGCAGGUGUCAUGGCCCUGAACUCUCUGCCGCUGAGGCUGCUGUGGUCCUAGACCUGCUCAUGGCACUUCCCGAGGAGCUGCAGCGCCUGCCCUGCGAUGCCCUGGUUAAACACAUGUCGGACAUGUACGUCCACCUGACAGCUCCCCAGCCUGACCCAGCCAGUGAGGGCCUGGGGCCGGCAGCUGAGGAUGCUGGGACAAGCUCCAGCCGGCAGGAGGCCGCAGGCCAGGCCCCUCCCCAGGCCUCUGAGAGCACUGGGCCUGCUGAACCAAGGUCUCCUUGGCAAGCAGCAGGGGUCUGUCCCCUGAACCCAUUCUUGGUGCCCCUGGAAUUUCUGGGCCAGGCAGCCACCCCUGCAAGGUGAAGGCCCGGCAGGCGGAUGACACAGCAGACAUCUGUGAGCCCCCUGGCCCUCGGGCCUGCCUGGGCUGGCACUGGGUUGUCAUGAGGAUCCAGUCAUGGUGGAAGGCCCCUGACAUGGUGGGCAGCAGGGGGUGGCCUUUAAGAUGACCGACACAGCAGGAGUCUCCAGAGACAGCAGACAGGUGUACAGGGGCUUGGCCGCAGAGCUGAGGUGGGGGCAGUCGGGCAGCUUGGUUAAAGUCACAGUUAAAUACUGUCCCUUCCCACAUCCUGUAUUCUCUGUCCUGUAAUUGUGAGUAAAGUUCUUGUCAACCCA